CGGAGGCUGCAGUGGCAGUGGCCGCGGAGCUGGCCCUGCGGGGCCCCGGGGGGGAGGGGGAGCCGUCAAGCCCCCGCUGAGGCCGCCGCUGCCAGGCCUCCCCUCCCCCCGGGGCGGGCGCCAUGCGGGGGGGCCCGGGCGAUGCGGAGCGGCGACAGCGCUGGGGUCGCCUCUUCGAGGAGCUGGACCGUAACAAGGACGGUCGCGUGGACGUCCAUGAGUUGCGCCAGGGACUGGCCCGGCUAGGCGGGGGCGACCCGGACCGCGGCGCCCAACAGGGUAUCUCCACUGAGCAUGACACUGACCCAGAUGGCGGCCUUGACCUGGAGGAGUUUAUCCUCUACCUGCAGGAGCGGGAACAGCGCCUGCUACUUCUGUUCCAUAGUCUGGACCAGAAUCAGGAUGGUCAUAUCGACGUCUCUGAGAUCCAGCAGAGCUUCCGAGCUCUGGGCAUUUCCAUCUCGCUGGAGCAGGCAGAGAAAAUCCUGCACAGCAUGGACCGUGAUGGCACCAUGACCAUUGACUGGCAGGAAUGGCGUGACCACUUCCUGCUGCAUUCACUGGAGAACGUGGAAGACGUGCUGUAUUUCUGGAAGCAUUCCACGGUCCUGGACAUUGGCGAGUGCCUGACCGUCCCGGAUGAGUUCUCAGAGCAGGAGAAGCUGACGGGCAUGUGGUGGAAGCAGCUGGUGGCAGGCGCGGUGGCAGGUGCCGUGUCCCGGACAGGCACAGCCCCCCUGGACCGCCUCAAGGUCUUCAUGCAGGUCCAUGCCUCCAAGACCAACCAGCUGAACAUCCUGGGGGGCCUACGGAGUAUGAUCCAAGAGGGGGGCAUGCGCUCCCUGUGGCGUGGCAACGGGAUUAACGUGCUCAAGAUCGCACCCGAGUCGGCCAUCAAGUUCAUGGCCUAUGAGCAGAUCAAGCGGGCCAUCCGGGGGCAGCAGGAGACACUGCACGUGCAGGAGCGCUUUGUGGCUGGCUCCCUGGCUGGUGCCACAGCCCAAACCAUCAUUUACCCCAUGGAGGUGCUGAAGACACGGCUGACCCUGCGCCGGACGGGCCAGUAUAAGGGGCUGCUGGACUGCGCGUGGCGGAUCCUGGAGCGAGAAGGGCCCCGCGCCUUCUACCGUGGCUACCUGCCCAACGUGCUGGGCAUCAUCCCCUACGCGGGCAUCGACCUGGCCGUCUAUGAGACCCUGAAGAACCAGUGGCUCCAGCAGUAUAGCCGUGACUCAGCUGACCCAGGCAUCCUUGUGCUCCUGGCCUGCGGUACCAUCUCCAGCACGUGUGGCCAGAUAGCCAGUUACCCCCUGGCCCUGGUCCGGACCCGCAUGCAGGCCCAAGCCUCCAUCGAGGGAGCCCCGCAGCUGCCCAUGCUGGGUCUGCUCCGCCACAUCCUGUCCCAGGAGGGCGUGCGCGGCCUCUACCGGGGCAUUGCCCCCAACUUCAUGAAGGUUAUCCCAGCCGUGAGCAUCUCCUACGUGGUCUACGAGAACAUGAAGCAGGCCCUGGGGGUCACGUCCAGACCCCGGCUGCCUCAGGCACCAGAUCCAGGGUCCUCAGGCAGUCCUGGAUCCUAGAUCCACUGGCAGAUCCUAGAUCCCCAUGCUUCAAGUCCUGGAUCUCCAAGCGCGGCCACUGGAUUCUGGAUAUCAAGAAACCUCAGCCCACCGGAUCCUGACAGUGCAAUGCCUAGAUCCCAGGGCCCCAACCACUGGAUCCCAGAUCCCCUCCUUCCAACCACUGGAUUCCUGAAUCCCUUUACCUCGACACUGGGUCCUGGAUCCCUCAGCUUCGACACCUGGAUCCACACAUUUCAACCAUUAUACCCUCAACCCCCCAUCAACCACCAGAUCCCAGAUUUCCAAGCCCCGACCUGCCAGAUGCUUGUUCCUCAAAGCACAAUCGCGAGAGCCCAACGGCAGAGGAGCGGGUCCUGGCGACUGCAGCUGUUGGACCCCAAAUCCCUCCAGCGCAGGCACUGGACACUAAAACCUCAUCCGUAAGAGGCAGACCCUCCCACCUCCAGGCGCUGGAUCUUGAAUGUUCAGAACCCCCAGAGUAGCUCCCAAUAGGCCAGUCAGCAUCCUGGAUCCUGUUCACUCCCGUCCCAGACACACACCAGAGCCUGGAGACCUCCUCUCAUGGCACAAACCCCACAGUCUACAGAGCCUCCAGGAAGCCCAGGUCCUGGCCUCCCAGCUUGAAAACCCACGGGACUUGUCCACUGUCCUGACACGUCUCAUGCCGGCAGCAAGGGGAGGAGAUGCCCCUCCCAGGCCCCACACAGACACUGGACCCCCCACCUCCCUGGCACGGCCAUGCUUCUGGGUUGCAGGGAAACUGCUCCCUCAAGUGCUCCCCCAGCUGAGCUGUGUCUCACACCCCCUUCCCACCAUCUAGGCUGAUAACAACCCCCAGAGCCUGGGUCCCUCUGGAGGAUCCAGUGGCACUUUCUUAGGGGCUGGCAAGGAGGCAGUCUGAGGCUGGGACACAUUAAGGGGACCCCACACACACCCCAGUACUGCCAGCUCCUCCCCAGGCUUCAGAGUUGGAAGCCAGGAGCAGCUUCCCUAAACCUAAGCAUCUAAGGAUGCAAAACAAACCCCCAACCCCCCAGUCCCCCAAAUUCAUUCCAGGUCUAUUUUUCUACCAGAGAGGAGCAGAGAUCCCAUCCGCCCUGACUAACCCCAACCCCGACACCCCCACCCUGGACAUUUUGCACUUUAUAUUUGGAUUAUGAGCUUAGGCUCAUUGGGGGACCCCCUCUCUCCAUUCCUUCCAAGUUCUUGGGGAACCCCAUUAAAGGACUACAAAAGAAGAACUGGGAUUUGGGGGGGACAGGAGGACCCCCUCCCCCAAUGCUUCCACCUCCCCCACCUGCACCACUCCCCACCUCCCUGCCUGUGUGUGUUAUUUCAAAGGAAAAGAACAAAGGAAUACAUUUUCUAAGCUCUUGUGAUUUUUACUGAAAGGGUGGGUGGCUGUGGGACCACCUCAAACUACCCACAAGGAAGGGACGUGGGUGAACUUCCAUCACACGUUUGUGGGAGACCAGGAAAUGACUCCGUGAGCCUCAGUUUCCACAUCUGUAAAGUGGGUGUGGGGGAAAUUCCACAUUCAGGAGCCCUCCUAAUUUUUCCUGUAUUUUUUC